GGCGCGCGGUCGCCCCGGAGCCCCCCGGAGCCCCCCGGAGCCCCCGGAGCGCGCGCUGCUGGGAGGGAGCGCGCCGUAUUUUGGAGACGAAUCUAUUCUCUCCAGAACGGGGACUUGGGGCGCCCGCUCGGCCUGGGCGCCGGUGCCUUGAGCCUCUGUGGCCACAGGUCGGAGCUGUCUGGCCUCAGUUUCCCUUAGACUUCUCUCCGGUCCGCAAGCCCAGGCUGCUGCCCGGCAUUGUUCUCGCUGUCAAAUCGGGGAGCGUGGUGAAGGCUGCCAGCUCGGGGUAUUUUAUUGUACAGGAGCCACGCCCUGGUUUCUUAAAGGCGCCUCGCACUCUGUUUGGCCAUGUGUUAUCUCUGCAGCUGGUGUGUGGGAGGCCUCCAGUGAGCCACCUAUUUUUUCCUGCCUCCUGAUACUUACUCCCACCCCACCACCCCCCCGCCAAGAAUUCGGGGAUGCCCGGGGGGAAGAAGGUGGUCGGGGGUGGCAGCAGCGGUGCUGCCACCACUGCCACUGCCGCCCCCUCUGGGGUCAGACGUCUGGAGACGAGUGAGGGGGCCUCAGCCCAGAGAGACGAUGAGCCAGAAGAGGAAGGGGAAGAGGACCUGCGAGAUGGAGGCAUCCCCUUCUUUGUCAACCGGGGUGGGCUGCCUGUGGACGAGGCCACCUGGGAGAGGAUGUGGAAGCACGUGGCCAAGAUCCACCCCGAUGGAGAGAAGGUGGCCCAGCGGAUCCGGGGGGCCACAGACCUGCCCAAGAUUCCCAUACCGAGUGUGCCUACGUUCCAGCCCUCUACACCUGUCCCUGAGCGCCUGGAAGCUGUGCAGCGCUACAUCAGGGAGCUGCAGUACAAUCACACAGGGACACAGUUCUUUGAAAUUAAGAAGAGCAGACCUCUGACAGGGCUGAUGGACUUGGCCAAGGAAAUGACCAAAGAGGCUCUGCCAAUCAAAUGCCUGGAAGCCGUGAUCCUGGGAAUGCGGGGCCAGUUACCUCACCAACAGCAUGCCCACCCUGGAGCGCUUCCCCAUCAGCUUCAAGACCUACUUCUCAGGGAACUACUUCCGCCACAUCGUGCUGGGGGUGAACUUUGGCGGCCGCUACGGGGCGCUGGGCAUGAGCCGGCGCGAGGACCUGAUGUACAAGCCGCCGGCCUUCCGCACGCUCAGCGAGCUCGUGCUGGACUACGAGGCCGCCUACGGCCGCUGCUGGCACGUGCUGAAGAAGGUCAAGCUGGGCCAGUGCGUGUCCCACGACCCGCACAGCGUGGAGCAGAUCGAGUGGAAGCACUCGGUGCUGGACGUGGACAGGCUGGGCCGCGAGGACUUCCGCAAAGAGCUGGAGCGCCACGCCCGCGACAUGCGGCUCAAGAUUGGCAAAGGGACUGGCCCUCCCUCUCCCACCAAGGACCGGAAGAAGGACGUCUCCUCCCCGCAGCGUGGCCAGUCCAGCCCCCACCGCAGGAACAGCCGCAGCGAGAGGCGGCCAUCGGGUGAGAAGAAGCCUUCUGAGCCCAAAGCCAUGCCGGACCUCAAUGGGUACCAGAUCCGGGUGUGAGGCGCGCGGCAGUGCCCCAGCCUCACCGCAUCUUGGGGCCAGGAUCCCCCUGCCAGAACUGGCCUUGUUUGUGGGGGGAGAGGGCCUGGUGGGGGGCAGGGCGAGAGGGCGGCAGGAAGAGCCUGUCUCAGCUCAGCCACCCCAGCUGCUGCCCCUCCCACUGGGCCAAGACCCCUAACUUUGGGCCAAGAAGCAGUUAGUAUUUUAUUUGGAGUUUUUAACCCGAUAACUAAAGUUUAAAGUGUUUGGGGGAAAACUUAAAAAACUAAUGGAUCUGCCAAUCGCCAGAAGGCCAGUGCUUAGAUCUGAGGACUACAGGGUUGGGCAAGGAAGGGACGCUGGCUCUGCUGGUGUCUCUCUGGGGAGGUGAGUCCGUCCUGUCUCAGCCCCACUAAGCCUGUGGCUGGGCGGGGGUGGAGUAGGGGAGGGAGGGAGGUGUUCCCCUAGUUCUGCCUCCCCUGGGAAGCAGAAUCUUGACCCAGGGAACGGGAAGCAGGGUAGAAAUCAUUCUGGGAAAGGUCUUUGUGGCCCAUGGCAGGAGCUUGGCCCAAGGCCACAUGGCCCAAGACCAGAGCCCCUGGCCCAGGAGAGGCCUCAUGCCCUUGCAGCCUGUGGCCAGGGCUGUGAGGGCUGUAGGAGAGCCCAGGGGAGCCCGCUGGGGGAAGGAACCCCAGGCCGCUACCUGGCCUCCUUGCUUACUUCAGCUCUGCCUGGAAGGGUGAAGCUGGGGGUGCUCCCUGCUCCCUGCAGGGCGGCUGGGCUUUGCCACAGGCCCGGAGCUGUACCAGGCUUGGCAUGACUGUAGGGACUGAGCAGCCUGGUGGGCCCAGGAACCAUGACUGGGGAUAGAGUGGGACACUCAGGCCCCAGGCUGUCCCCUGGCAGGCCCCAAGGGUUGUGGGGAGACACUGCUACUCCCCACCCCUUUUCUAUUACCUCAGUCCUUGCUGUGAAAAUGAAGACCAGAUCAGGAUGCUUGUGCCUCAGGCCUGGCUCCCCUCAUGCAGCAGCCCAUCUGGGUUUGGGGGUAGCAGUGACGGUCAGACCUGUGGCAUGUGCCUUGUCAGGGAGGCAUCUGGACAGCUGGUGUCUGCACAGUCUGCCUAUCAAGUGUGAGAUACCUGGUGGACACGUGAAAGUGGAAAGACGUUGGCAGGGUUGGGGGAAGGUCCUAGAGACUAAAGCAAUGGCAAGUGAUAGGGCGAGGGCGCAGCUGGCCACCACGAAGGAGCAGAGCCUGGGAACUGGGGAGCGUAAGUGAGAAAAGGAUGCAGGGGAGAGGUUAGAAACAGGCUGCUUGGGAAAUAGUGAGUUCCCUGUUGCUGGAAGUAUCCAAGCAAAGCCUGGAUGGCAACUUGUCGGGAAGCUGUCGAGAGGAUUCAGGUUAUGGAAGGGGAGCCGGAUAAGGUGACCGGCAAGGUUUCUUUUCACUGAGAGGCUGUGCUUCAGCCAGGGGCCAGGCCCCGGAUAAGGAAGGAUCAGAACCAGGGUUGGUUCUGAGGGUUCACACGCCCAGAGGGCCAGGCAGGGGAUUAACAGGAGGGCUGCAGUGAGGGCCGGGUGGCCAGCUAACGGGCUGCUCCUGCCCAGGUAUUCUCAGAGUGGGGGCCAUGCAUUGCCAGAUUGUAUGAUUGUUUCUCAGAAGCCAGAGCUCUGGAUUUUUGUGUGAAAUGACCUGAUUUUUAAAUGUUGGCAAUCAGUUCGGACAAUGUAAAAACCCAACAUGAAAGAGAAUGCCAAUUUGUAAUCUCUGAGGUAGAGAGAGCUUGUGCUGGGGAGAAGUCCACUGAGAGGUUUUGAGGUGGAGAUCAAGAAAGUUCAUCUAGGCUUCCCGGGAGGGCUGGGCCAGGGCAGGGUCCUCUCUGCUGAAGCUGCCCCAGACAAGGCAGCUGGCCCGUGUUUGUCCUCCUCCCCGUCCUUGCAGACCGGAGGCCUACCGGAGUCACCAGCAGGGGUGGAGUGGAGAUUGCCCAGUGCCCAGCCUGCCAGGGAGAUGGAUGUGCGUGGGAAGCAGGGAGGGGUGGAGGGAGGGAGACACGAUGCUUCUGCUGAUGCAGGUGCCCAUCAGGGAAGCACCAGGGGCUGGCAGCUCUUCACACCAGCAGCUUCUGGCCCAGAGCCAGGCCCGGCAGGAGAGCCAGCUGGGCAGUCCUUGAGUUCCUCAGGGGCCGCCAGGCCCUGGGGAGGACACCUAACUAACCUGCCCCUGGACUACACUCCAGCCAGGCCAGUUCCAGCACCAUUGUGGCCCCUGACUCACCAUCCCGUCCCAUCCCAGGUCUCAGGCCAUGGGGUGCUGGUCCCCACGUUUGCCACAUUGGCCUGGGGCAGAGAGGACUCACUUCGGGAGAUGUGCAGCUGACAGCGAACGUGGCCUUUUCUGGGUCUACACGUGGGUGCCACUUACCAGCAGGGGAGGGGACUGCCACAUCCCCAGAGACCCCAGGUCUUAAGGGAAGACUUGACAGGGGACUGGGGUCAGAGAGAUGGGAGGAAACUGUUCUACCCUUCUCCAAAGCCGUCUAGGGAGAAAUGGGAGGAGGCCCACCCCUGUUGCUGCCCAGGAGGGAGCUGAUCACCCUGAGCAGAUAACCCCCCCGCACUCUCCCUCCUCCCUCAGACCUCGGGCCUGUGGAGGCCACCACAGGAUACAGCGGUGCUUUUUAAUUUAUUUUUAACAUUUUCUCAUAUGUAGCAAGCCCUCCUCCCCUCCUGGGCGUGUUUACACAGGCUCUGCUCCCUGGGGCUGGCCUGACUGCAGAGUUUCUGGGGAGGCAGAGGCAGGGACUUCGGGGCCUUAGUCACCAUCCUUGGUUUCACCUCAUGUCACUUCCUGUGAGGAACAGGGGCCUGGCUCCUGACUCAGGACUGCCUUCCAGCACUCAGUGGGGGCUCCUCUGCCCCCAGGGGUGGAGGCUGCUGGCCCAGGAGGCCCCAAGGUGAGGUUAAAAAAAAAGCUGCUUCAUGAAGGUGGGCCAGGGUGGCAGUGAUUGCUUCCCAAAGCCCAGCUCCUUGGGCUCAAUGCCAGCUCAGAACACUGGGAACUGGGUGUAGAGAGCCCUCCUGCCCACCUAACUGCCAGUCCUCUCCCUCCCAUGGCCUCAACACAGUCACGUUCCCCUCACCCAUCACGCCAGACCCCAUCCUUCCUGGGCAUGGCCAGGUGAGGAGGGAAGCAGCCCUCUGGCCCCCGACGCCAUGAAGCCUAGGGCCAGGCUCCAAGGAGUGGAAAGGGCCCAGGGGUUGGCUGUGUCUGGUUUCCGGCCCUCUCUGCCGGCACACGCCCCAUUCCUUCCAUCCUGGACUUGACCUGCUGGCUCUGAGAUGAGGUCCAGUUCUGGUCAGCAGCAUGUCCAGGGGCCCAUGUGUCUGUGUGCACCUGGGGCUCCUGCCUGGGUUGUUUUCUGGCUUUGAUGCACUACCAUCAGCAGGCACACCCCUGGCCUGGAAGCACCAGGAAGGUGCACACCGCUCAUUGUGCCAGAGCACCCCCCCACACACACUGGAAUCUCCAUGGGUUCCCGCUCAGAAGCCAGCUGAAGGGUGGGAGGGGGCCUGCCUCAGGCCAGACUGCUCUGGUGCUAGCUGCGAGCCCAUCAGUGUUGACCCCCAGCCACACCCUGGUGCUCCUGAGUCCCAAGUUCCCCUUUCUCUCGGGUGUGCUUGGCCCAGGGGCCUGGGGACAGGGGGGCCACCCCUCCCUUAAGCUUUGUGUUAAGCUGCCUGUGGGACCAGACUCUGUCCUUCCUGCUCUUCCCGUGUCAGUAUUGCUCCCUCCCCUCUCACUUUUACCCCUCUCAUUGCUGUGCUUGCUUUUUUCCUGAAAUGAAUAAAGGCUCCCCGGCUCCGGUUGCACCGGCUGGGCAGAAACCACA